AUGGCGGCCGCUGCGCCACUGUCGGGCCGCGGUGCCAGCCAGGGCUACGAGAGCGCCAUCGCUCUGCAGACCGCCCAGGAUGACGAGUUCGUGCUCAAGGAGAACGUGAAGAGCGUGGCCGCCUCCAAGGGCUCCGCCGUGUUCAGCGUGGCCAAGGUGGACCCCUCCACCGGCGAGAUCGCUGGCGUCUUCGAGUCCGUGCAGCCCUCCGACACUGAUCUGGGCGCCAAGGCCCCCAAGGAUGUGAAGAUCACCGGCCUCUGGUACGCCCAGCUGCAGUAA